UCAAACAAUUAUGUUCUACAGGACUGAGAGACGUGCCAACGCCAAGCUAUGGAAGUGCGCAUGCGCAUCUACAAGGCAACAAAGUAAUCCUGACACACAGGAGGGAAAUUUUUGGCGCCUUGGCGCAUGCGCGCUAGUGGAGCAGGAGUUAUUCGCGCGGGGACCAGACUUCCUCCAUUCGUCUCCAGUUUAUCGAGAGAGAGAAGGAUGCGUGGAGAGGGAGAGACCUCGGAGAGUCCUCAUCAUGCCGUCAGCUUCAGUCUCCUCCGCACCCAACAUCAGGCACAGCCAGAGGGAACACAUGAAGGAGCAAAUGAAGGACAAACAAGGUGCUGGGGUCUCAUGUGGACUUACGUCCAUGAGUGCAAAAAGAUAUUGUCUAAUCAUUGGAAGAUCCUUGGUAUCCUGGCUAUACUUAUAGCUAUUUGUCUAAUAGUUUCCAUUGCUGUACCUUUAUUAUCCAGUGCGGGAAAUACAACAACUAGCAACAUCAGUCAAAAUAUGUCAAGAGAAUUGCUACUAAAUUCUAGUUUCUCAUCUGAAGACCUUUAUUGGAAGUCGUGCCAUGGAGUAAAUGUGAAUAUUUCUAAUCAAGAAUUGUCCUUUAAAGGCAGCCAAGAUCACUGUGCCAAGUACCAGGCCCGACUGCUUGAUAUAAACUCUGCCAAGACCAUACAGGACUGUAUCAUGGACAACAACGACUACUGGAUUGGACAGGACUGUGAUUUAACUGAGGACUCAAACUGUAAAGUUUUCUGCAAAGCGGAUGGAUUAGUGCAGCUUCAUCACAGCACAGAGAGACGAUUCAUUUGCACUAUAUAGUGGGACGGCAUUAGGUGACUGUGUCUUAAGAUCAGAUCAUCUCAGGAACACUAAUCUUUGUCAAGCUGCAAAAGAAAACGGAUAUCCUCAAAGAAGAUUAUUUAUUACCUUUUUUCUUAUUUGUUGUCUUCUACUUUAUUUCUUUUAAAUUUUACUUGUGUUAUAUUCCUUAAUUAUCAGAAUGCAGAACUUUGUGCCACUUAUCUAUUAUGUCUUAGUAAAGCAUUAGAAAGAGAGCACUCGCCGACAUGUGAAACCGCCCCAGAAGCGCAGUCAGUUAGUCCUAAAAUCCUUUAUUCACGGAGCACCGGCGGAGUGUUUAAAAUGUCUCUUUAUUAAGUAAUUGUUAAAACCAAGGAGCGUACAUACUUUAAGCUUGCACGUUUCGUGGUCAUAGCCACUUACUGUUGCUUUUGUGGAUAUUGUCACAUAAGUGCAUUGCUAUAAUUUUAAAGCAUGUUCUGUACGUGUCAUCAUACAGGCCUGUAAAAGUUCAUAAAGCAGAGUUAUCAUGAAAUCAACUAUCUGUACUAGAAACAGUUUAUAGGCAUCUGCUCAGUAAGAUCUGCAAUCAGCCAUGUGGAAAGGGACCAUAUAGAGACCCUAUAGAGGAGUGACCGUUUCCAUGGGGUUUAUUCCCAUUUGUUUCCCCUUGCCUCCAGGACCAGGAGACUCUAUACAUAGUAACAUAGUAACAUAGUAAGUAAGGUUGAAAAAAGACAUGUCCAUCGAGUUCAACCUUUUUUUUUUUU